UGGCAUUACAGGUGUGAGCGGUGGCACCCAGCCCUCUUCCCUCCUUUUAACAGAUCAGAAACCUGAGGCUCAAUAGAAAAAGUGACUUGCUCCAGACCAAGAGUUAAUGGCAAAGUCAGGACCAGAACUUUGGUCUUCUGACUCCUAAAGGGAAUAUCUACUGCUCUUCCAGGCCAGCUUUGGACAAACCUGGAGGUGUUUCGUCAGCCCCCCUGAGAAAUUGCUGUGGCCAUGGGUUGGGAUGGUGAGCAAACAGAGGCUGCACAUGUUCAGUGUUACAGGCAUUGUGACAAUGGCGAUCCUAGUCUGAGAGAGAGUGAUGUGUUUCCUUCAGGUUUAUUUCAGUUGUAAGUGACUGAAAAAUCAACCCAACAGGGUUAAGCUAAAAGAAAAUGCAUUGACUUACCCAACUGUGAAGACCAUGUAUAGGGAAACACACGCUUCUCCACGUGUCUUGCCCUAUGUCCUUGAAACAAGAGACUACUGUAUCCAAAUGCCAUGAAAGCUUAUGGGCUGUGCUGCUGCUGCUGCUGCUGGACACAGACACUGUUUGGAGCCUGAGGAAGACUGAGUGGCAAAAGCACUUAGGCCCCACAGAGCCCAAGCCAAUUGCACUUGGCUCCUUGGCUAGCUACAUACCUCCAGCGGCUUAUGGGGCACUGUCCUGCCCGGCUCUGCUAAGAUGCUCCUGGCCUCUCCCUCCACCCCUUCCAGGGGACGGACCCCCAGCGCGGUGGAGAGGCUGGAGGCGGACAAAGCCAAGUAUGUCAAGACGCAUCAGCUGAUAGCGCGGCGACAGGAGCCAGCCCUGCGCGGGGGUCCUGGGCCGCUCACCCCGCACCCCUACAAUGAGCUGGGGCCCUCUGCAUCGCCCAGGACGCCCAGGCCCGCCCGCCGGGGCAGCGGCAGAAAGCUACCAAGGCCUGACUCCCUCAUUUUCUACCGCCAGAAGCGGGACUGCAAGGCUUCAGUGAACAAGGAGAACGCCAAAGGCCAGGGACUGGUGCGGCGCCUCUUCCUGGGCGCCCCCCGGGACGCCGCCCCGAGCAGCCCGGGCCCAACAGAGAGACCUGCGGUUCCUGGGGGUUGGGCCGCGCCUCAAGAUGACGCGGAAGCGGCGGGAAAGCGGGCGCUGUGCCCCACGUGCUCGCUGCCCCUGUCGGAGAAGGAGCGCUUCUUCAACUACUGCGGCCUGGAGCGCGCGCUGGUGGAGGUGCUGGGCGCCGAGCGCUUCUCUCCGCAGAGCUGGGGCGCCGACACCAGCCCGCAAGCCGCAACUUCCCCGCCGCUGGGCUCUGGGGACGCCAGUGACUGGACAUCCAGCGACGGGGACGCGGGCGGCCCGGACUGCGCAGGCGGCGGCGGCGGCUCGGAGGCAGCGGGCUCGGCGCGGGACGGUCGCCCGGCGGUGUCGGUGGUGGAGCGCAACGCGCGCGUCAUCCAGUGGUUGUACGGCUGCCAGCGCGCCCGCGGCCCGCCGCGCGAGUCCGAGGUGUGACCGCGGCCACUCGGGAGCCGGCUCCCGGGAAGUCUGGCGAGCAGGGUUGGGCUGGGCUCCGCAGGGCGCCUUUUGCGCAAGCGCCUCCCUCUGGAACUCAAUUUCCCCAUCGGAACCCUGGGGAGAUGGAACAAGAUGAUCCCGAAGGCCCUUCCCAGCGCAUGCAGCGGAGGGGGAGAGGGCCUUGUGGCCCCUGUGGAGGCCAGGGCUGGGGAGUGAUGUCUGGGGUGGGAGCUGAGCAAACCCGCUGAAUAAAGUUGACACGUAUUUCAAUGGGGCGUGAGUUUGAAUUCGGGAGAUGUUGAGGAAGGGGGUGAACGGGUUUGCGUGGGUUUUGGAGCGUGUGACCCUGGGCAAGCACUUAACCUCACUGGAGGGAGCUGCACCCCUUGGUUAUUAAAGGGAGAAAAUAAAAGUAUU